CUCUAUAAAGAUGGAAACCUGUAUACAACAGUCACAAAGAACAAACAGAAGCCAGCAAACAAGAGUGAAUUCUCAAUCUCAGAUGUAGACUAUCAANAUGCAGGGCAAUAUCAAUGUGCCUACAGGACGCAGGCUGAAUCAUCAGACUACAGUGACCCCCUGGAUCUAGUGGUGACAGGAGCCUAUGAGAAACCCAGGCUUUCAGCCAAGACCAGCCCUGUGGUGACUUCAGGAGGGUAUGUCACCCUACAGUGUGAGUCCAGGCAGAGCUAUCACAGGCUCAUUCUGACUGUAGAAGGACCACAGAAGCUCUCCUGGAGGGAGAACUCACAGUAUGACUACUCUAUAAGGAAGUACCAUGCCCUGUUCUCUGUGGGCCCUGUGACCNCCAACCAGAGAUGGAUAUACAGAUGCUACAGUUACAACACGAACGAACCAUAUGUGUGGUCAGCUCCUAGUGAACCCCUGGAGCUCCUGGUCUCAGGGAGCCUCCAAAAACCAACCAUCAAGGCUGAACCAGGUCCUGUGAUCGCCUCCAGAAGAGAAAUGACCAUCUGGUGUCAGGGGAACCUGGAUGCAGAAAUAUAUUUUCUGCAUAAAGAAGGAAGCCAAAACACACAGAGCUCACAAGCCCUACAGGAGUCUGGUUACAAGGGCAAGUUCUUCAUCCCUUCUGUGACAGGACAACAUGCAGGGCAAUAUCGUUGUUAUUGUUACAGCUCAGCUGGUUGGUCACAGCCCAGUGACACCCUGGAGCUGGUGGUGACAGGAAUGUAUAACUACUAUAAACUCAGGCUGUCUGCACUGCCCAGCCCUGUGGUGACAGUAGGAGAGAACAUAACCCUCAAAUGUGUCUCACAGAAUAAUUACGAUAAGUUNAUUCUCACCAAGGAAGAUAAGAAAUUCACAAGCUCCCUGGACACACAGUAUAUACAUUCUGAUGGAGUGUACCAAGCCCUAUUUUUGGGGGGACCCAUGACCCCAAAUCAUACAGGGACAUUCAGAUGUUAUGGCUACUACAAGAAUACCCCCUCUGAGUGGUCAGCCUCCAGUGACCCCAAGGACAUCAUGAUCACAGUACAGCUCCGUAUCACUCCUUCCCUCUCAGUGAAGCCUAACUCCACAGUANACUCGGGAGAGAACGUGACCCUGCUGUGUUGGUCAAUGUACUCUGUGGACACUUUCAUUCUGUCCAAGGAGGGAUCAGCCCAGCAACCCCUGCAACUAAAAUCAAAGUACCACGAUCAGCACUUCCAGGCAGAGUUCUCCAUGAGUGCUGUGACCUCCCAUCUCUCAGGCACCUACAGGUGCUAUGGAUCUCAAGACUCAUCUGUCUACCUGUUGUCAUAUGCCAGUGCCCCUGUGGAGCUCACCGUCUCAGGAACCAGUGAAUCCUCCACCUGGUCUCCCAAAAAGCCCUUCUCACCAAUUC